CAGUUUUUAAGCUCUCCUGCAUACAUUGCUUUGGCUCUUCAGUUAUCGAAUCUGCAGUGACAGAUUGUUGAUAAAUAGCGAAUGGUUACAUUUUGAUGUGGCCGGUGAUUAGGGAGAGAAAUGAGAAAUGAAAUGACGAAUAGCAUUGUGAGAGAUCUGAAAAUGUGAAAAGAUGAAUAGGUGUUAUUGUUAUUUAAAAGGAUAAAAAAUAGUUUGUUUGAUUUAAGAAAAAUGGAGCGAGAGGAAGAGAGGGAACGGCGUCGUGUGCGUGACAGGCAGAGGAGACAAUCAAUGACGAAAGAACAAAGGGAACGACACCUCGCUCGACGCCGUAGAAACUACCAGCUUCGGAGACAGAGAGCUGCCAAUGCUCCAUUCAUGUCUCUCCCUCAAAUUCAAUCUUCAAACACGCCCCCUUCUACCUCCUCACACCUUCAUCCAUCGUCCCAAGGUUCCUCAAUUCAGUUCGAAGGUUUUCCAACAAGCUUGCGUUUAAACAUUAUUAAACGCCUUGCACGAAACCUAGCAACUACCACCACUGUGCCACCUGCCACUCACCAAGUCGCAACAAAUGCUCAUGGUACCACAUCGAAACCCUUGCGAUUGAAUCGUGUCAAGCGUCUUGCUCGAUCGUUAAGUUUUCCUUCGGAAAACACACAAGUUCAGAAUAACCACAAUGGUACAGGGGAAGUGAAUGGCGAAAGUUUAGAGGUGGUAACAUCUUGAAAAUCAUUUGUAAGAAGUUAAAAGCAAGUGGGAAGAAGUUUUAUUCA